UCGGCCGACACAAAACGUAGGACGCUUUGUCGGAGAUACGGGAAUGAAUGUAUAACCCCAGCCACUUACACACUUCACUUGGCGCCGUGGAGGGAUUCAUGCCGGACGGUUGGAUAAAACGUUCUGGGGGAUAUUAAGUUAAACCAUAGGUCAUCAACUACACAAUCAAACGUCAGGAACUAUCACAACAAUGGCCGCAGGACAUCUUGCACGGAUUAUUUUACUGUUUCUGUGUGUCAUGGUUUUAUUAAUAACUGCGCAAAGCCGCGCACUUCUGGUACGGCGAUCCAAAUCUGUCAGAGAAAAUAAGGAUUUGCGGAUCAAUUCGCAUCGGCGAGUUCGUCGUGGAAGUGUGGACUCUGACCUGGAGCAAUGCGCCGUUUUGACUGCACCGUGGAAUGAGGCCACCGGACCAGUGGAUAGCCAGGAAAAGUUGUAUCGCAUCAGGGUACAUUCCAUGACAGAGGGAAGUGCGCUGCGGACUAUUUUUCCUGAACAACCGCUUUUCCGCUUCAUCAGACGGGUAUAUCGAUGCUGUCAAAUGGGAUACCACUGUGGAAGUGUGAAGGGCAUUCAAGGCCGACUGCAUCAUGGCACUGAUUUAGAGUUCAUUCUCAGCCAGGAUGUUUUGUCUGUUGCUGUCAUUCGAGCUGAAAUGCACCUUCACCUCUCAAAUCCUCAGCAUCUGAAAGUAGAGCCAUUAAUACUGUAUCUGGACAAACGCAAGCUCCCCACCAGGUAUCACUCAAGGUCUAGAGAUGGUUUUGAGGAGACAAAGCUGGAUCUCCUCUUCUUCUUCCAGGCAGUGCAGCGGAUGGUGGGUGGAGUACAAGGAAGCCCCAGCCUGAUAGACAUGCGGCGGGUGGGGGGCCUGACGAGACCAGGCUCCACAGUGGAGCCCCAGGCAAUGGCCCAGGCACUGCAGGACACAGAGGGCAUGGCAUGGGGGGGAGGGGAGACUGGCAGCCCCCUGCCAGAGGCGUUAGAGCUCGGCUUUGCACUGCAUUGUUGGAAGAGUGGGGAAGCUGUGCCAUGCGAGGCGAAUGAAGUGAAAUUGCAGCACACGCCGUUUAUCACUCUCUCAUACAGGUAGAUAUGAGUGAGUUGGAAAAGGUUAUAUCACAUGGAGCUAAAUACCACCCUUAAUACUGACAAACGUGUGCAUGCAUGCACAAACAAUGAACCUACAGUUGGAGGGCAACGAAUGAGUAUCCAAGCUCUCAAAUCCUAUGGUCUACUCUCCUUUCUCUUCACUAACAACCAGCGUGAAUGGCCUGUGAAUAUCUCACCAUUAUCUGGCUUAACACUUCCCUCUAAAUGCCCCCUUUUGUCUCCUGGCUCAGCUGGUCAGCUGCAUAAAGUUGACUUGGACCUUAAGUGCCCAUCUUAAAGGGGCUAUUGUGCACUUCUCUGAAAGUUGAAUAUAUUAACUUAUAUUGGUGUUGUUUUGUAAGAAAAGAUGUUAUCACACUAAACACUGUAUAUAAGAGCAUAGUUUUAUAUGAACAUGUCUUUUUUUAAAACGAAACAGUGUGGUUACAUCUUAGGAUGUUUAAGAAAUAAAGCAUGCAGUUAUGUAAAGUUGUAAAUAAAUCUA